GCCCGCGCAGGCUGCCGGGAUGCCACCUCUCCCCUCACUUCCAUCCAGUUUCCCGGCGUGCUUCGGGCCCGCCAAAUGGGAGGGGGAGAAGCAAGAUGGCGGCAGCCGCGAACUCCGGCUCCAGCCUCCCGCUGUUCGACUGCCCGACCUGGGCAGGUAAACCCCCACCUGGUUUACAUCUGGAUGUAGUCAAAGGAGACAAACUAAUUGAGAAACUGAUUAUUGAUGAGAAGAAGUAUUACUUAUUUGGGAGAAACCCUGAUUUGUGUGACUUUACCAUUGAUCAUCAGUCUUGCUCUCGAGUCCACGCUGCACUGGUUUACCACAAGCAUCUGAAGAGAGUUUUCCUGAUAGAUCUCAACAGUACACAUGGCACUUUCUUGGGUCACAUUCGGUUGGAACCUCACAAGCCUCAGCAAAUUCCCAUCGAUUCCACGGUCUCGUUUGGUGCAUCCACAAGGGCAUACACUCUGCGUGAGAAGCCUCAGACAUUGCCAUCAGCUGUGAAAGGAGAUGAGAAGAUGGGUGGAGAAGAUGAUGAGCUCAAGGGCUUACUGGGGCUUCCAGAGGAGGAGACUGAGCUUGAUAACCUGACAGAGUUCAACACUGCCCAUAACAAGCGGAUUUCAACCCUUACUAUUGAGGAGGGAAAUCUGGACAUUCAGAGACCAAAGAGGAAGAGAAAGAAUUCACGAGUGACUUUCAGUGAGGAUGAUGAGAUCAUCAACCCAGAGGAUGUGGAUCCCUCAGUUGGUCGCUUCCGGAACAUGGUGCAAACUGCAGUGGUUCCAGUCAAGAAGAAGCGGAUGGAGGGCCCUGGCUCCCUGGGCCUGGAGGAGUCAGGGAGCAGGCGCAUGCAGAACUUUGCCUUCAGUGGAGGACUCUAUGGGGGCCUGCCUCCCACACACAAUGAAGCAGGCUCCCAGCCACAUGGCAUCCACGGGACAGCACUCAUCGGUGGCUUGCCUAUGCCAUACCCAAACCUUGCCCCUGACGUGGACUUGACUCCUGUUGUGCCAUCAGCAGUGAACAUGAACCCCACACCAAACCCUGCAGUCUAUAACCCUGAAGCUGUAAAUGAACCCAAGAAGAAGAAAUAUGCAAAAGAGGCCUGGCCGGGCAAGAAACCCACACCUUCCUUACUGAUUUGAUAUUUUUGGUCAUGGAGAGGGUGGGACUGGGUGGGAAUGGGUGGAUGGGUGACAAGGGGAGCAUAUGAACUAGGGAGAAAACUUUCCAUGUGUGCAGUAUCGUCUUUCAGAAAGUCUCCUAGGAUCCUAACCAUGUAAUAUUGAGACUAGGGUGGGGCUGAACUAUUCUGUGAAGACCUGUCUUCAGAACACUGUCAGUGCAGAGAUAAGCCUUCCUGGGCCUUUGAAGUAGACUACCCUGCUCUCUCCCAUCACCUCCUCUUCCCUCUCUUUAGGAUCAUUUUCAUGUGAAGUCACACCUGGUGGAGUCCAAAGCUAUGGAGGUGGCACUAGCCUCACAGUCUGGGGUCGAGCAACCUCAAUUGUAGUCACUACCCUUGCAAGUCCCAGGUAGCAAGAUGAUUGCUGUGGAUCUCAGGUUGAUUAGCAUUCUUCAUUUAAGCUCAGGUGUUUCCUUGAGUCUGGUUUUGAGGUCCAAUAAGGCUUUUCUCUUCUGUCCCUUCUUUGGAGUGAGAUCAUUUUGAUUUCCCUUGGUCUGUGACUAGUGUAAUAGGCACAGGUUUAUGGUUUUUACAGUAUGGUUUAAACUAUUUUUCUCAUCCAUACUGAACACUCCACUUGUCUAAUUUUCAUUUAAUUCCAGAGUGCUGUCCUCUCCUCCCCGAGGUGUCACUUUUCUUUUUUGAGUGUGUUAUAAGGGAACUAUGACCAGUUAGGGCAAUUCAAAUGAAACACGAGCAGCCUGUACUUUGCAAAGACUGGAUUUCUUUAAGAGGAUAUGUUCAGCUGUUGGUUUGGAGGCUCUUCCCCGCCCCCUCAGUUGAGAGUUCUGGUUUCUUCAGAGCUCCAUACUAGACCUGGCUAACACAGGAGACAGAUAGGAACCAUUGAGCUUUGUACAGAUUUGUACAUUUGUGUAAUAGGCCUUUUCAUGCUUUAUGUGUAGCUUUUUACCUGUAACCUUUAUUACAUUGUAAAUUAAAUGUAACUUUUUUGUCAUU